AUGGUUCUCCCACGUGGCAGUCUUUUCAGGUUCGACAAGGGGUGUCAGGGGGGGAGGAAAUCGAAUCUUGGAACGAGACUGGUCGUUGUGGAAGAGGGGCGGGAUCGUUACUUGGGAGGUUGGGGUUACACGAGACCUGCACACGGUGAGAGUGAAGAAUUAUGUCAUUGGUGUAAGGUGGUUGUUAUUGUUGAGGUAAUGGAAUCGAAUUCGGAAUAUUCGCAAGGGUCUUCGCAGAGGAGGAGGGUAUCGAAGCCGUUAAUAGAAAAGCGGAGAAGAGCUCGCAUCAACAGGUCGUUAUCUCAGUUAGUAGAAAUGGUAGCAAAGCCAAAUAAAAUUCAGGAGAACCGCACAGCUCGAUUUGAGAAAGCAUAUAUCCUAGAGAUGACUGUUGAGUAUGUGAAAAAAAUAAAAGACAAGAGAAUAUUUCCUGAAAAGCCCUCUUACGAUGAGCAUGAAAACUCCUUCCAAGAUGGAUACAGAUUAUGCAUGAAUGAAAUUCAAAACUUCUUCGUCAAGUCUCCUGAGAGAAAACCUUCAGAAGAAUUGUUGAUGAAAUCCUUGCUCAAAUACCUGUGCCGAAAGCUCAAAGUGCCAUCUACAAGAAAUCAUGCGUUACCAGAUACCCACGACAACCAAAUCGAACGCUCACACAACUCUGCUGUUCCUUGGCUUGGUUACAAAGCAAUAGACGACGAUAAAACAAUUCUUACUCGAACUAAUAAUGGAAUGUCGAUGACUUCUGAUUGUAAAUCAGAAAUUCCAUGCAACGAUUCGUGCUCAAGUGCUUCGCAACCAUGCACAGAAGAUGAAGGAACUUAUAGUGUUUCAGAAUCAGAUUCGAGUAUCAGUGAUGAAAAAGUGUUUUAUGAUCGAAAAAUUCAGAAUGAAAUGCUUAACAAAAAUUUAUUAAAUCAAGGGCAAACUGAAACUAAAAUGUGGCGGCCGUGGUAG